UUCCCGGCCCCUUAUCCUCCUCGCAGUCUCUUCUUUUUCCCUCCAGACAUGGUUUUGCUCUUAGCACAACUCGUUGCUGCGAGGAAAAGAAUAACCAAAUAAAACGCUCAAAAGUCGAAUUUUUGAUCCCUACGCUCCAAUAGUCCUCCCCAAUUUGAUCCUCUGAAGCUCCCAAAACCCCAACUCGGAUCGAAUCCAGACAUCUCUUCUCUCCAAUUUUUAUAAAAAAUGGCCUCAUCCCGGCUUCCCAUUCCCACGGCCAAGACCACUCCCUUGCUCUCCCAUAAAAUUCUCCCCUCGGAGAGAAAUUUCUGCUGGAGAACUGGGAUAGGAACUGGUUUUGCCGGUCGGAAGCCCCGCCCAACGUAUGAUGAUUUCAUGGCGAGCACCGCCUCUUGUGGCCGUGCGAGAAGGCAGCGUGUCGGUGUUGUGAGGGCUUCUCUGGGUGGCCUCCUGGGCGGGCUUUUCAAGGGAACCGAUACCGGUGAGGCCGCGAGGCAGCGAUACUCGGAGACCGUGGCUUUGAUCAAUAGGUUAGAGCCGGAGAUGUCUCGGCUCUCAGAUUCGGAGCUGAGGGAGAGGACGUCAGUUUUGAAGGAGCGAGCACAGAAUAAUGAGUCCCUCGACUCUCUUCUUCCAGAAGCAUUCGCUGUCGUGAGAGAAGCUUCAAAGAGAGUUUUAGGCCUUCGUCCUUUUGAUGUUCAAUUAAUAGGUGGGAUAGUUCUUCACAAGGGGGAGAUAACAGAAAUGAGGACCGGAGAAGGAAAAACUCUUGUUGCUGUAUUGCCCGCUUAUUUGAAUGCAUUAAGUGGGAAAGGAGUGCAUGUUGUUACUGUGAAUGAUUACCUUGCCCGACGUGAUUGUGAAUGGGUUGGUCAAGUUCCACGAUUUUUAGGACUGCAGGUUGGGCUAAUCCAACAGAACAUGUCAAGUGAGCAAAGGAGAGAGAAUUACUUAUGUGACAUAACAUAUGUCACAAACAGUGAGCUUGGUUUUGAUUAUCUAAGAGACAACCUUGCUAUGAGCAUUGAGGAGCUUGUCUUGAGGGAUUUCAAUUACUGUGUGAUUGAUGAAGUUGAUUCUAUUCUUAUUGAUGAAGCAAGAACACCUUUGAUCAUCUCUGGACCUGCUGAGAAGCCAAGUGAUCGGUACUACAAGGCAGCAAAGAUUGCAACAGCUUUUGAGCGAGAUAUUCAUUACACUGUUGAUGAAAAGCAGAAAACUGUUUUACUUACAGAGCAAGGUUAUGAGGAUGCAGAGGAAAUACUGGACAUAAAAGAUCUAUAUGACCCCCGUGAACAAUGGGCUUCAUAUGUUCUAAAUGCAAUCAAAGCAAAGGAACUCUUCCUUAGAGAUGUGAACUACAUUGUUCGUGGCAAGGAAGUACUCAUCGUGGAUGAGUUCACUGGUCGAGUUAUGCAAGGCAGGCGAUGGAGUGAUGGUCUUCAUCAGGCAGUUGAAGCAAAAGAAGGUUUGCCUAUCCAGAAUGAAACAGUGACACUUGCAUCAAUUAGCUACCAGAACUUCUUUCUUCAGUUUCCCAAACUUUGUGGUAUGACUGGCACUGCAGCAACUGAAAGUACAGAGUUUGAGAGCAUAUACAAGCUGAAAGUUACUGUUGUUCCAACUAACAAACCAAUGAUAAGAAAGGAUGAGUCAGAUGUUGUUUUCAGGGCUGCAACGGGCAAAUGGCGUGCUGUUGUGGUAGAGAUAUCCAGAAUGCAGAAGACCGGCCGCCCUGUGCUUGUUGGUACAACUAGUGUUGAGCAAAGUGAUGCUUUGUCAGAACAGUUACGUGAAGCUGGAAUUGCUCAUGAGGUCCUCAAUGCAAAACCAGAGAAUGUGGAGAGGGAAGCAGAAAUUGUGGCACAGAGUGGACGUCUUGGGGCAGUGACAAUUGCCACUAACAUGGCAGGACGUGGAACAGAUAUCAUCCUUGGAGGUAAUGCUGAAUUUAUGGCAAGAUUGAAGCUACGUGAGAUGCUCAUGCCAAGAGUUGUCAAGCCAAUAGAAGGGGUGUUUGUUUCUGUCAAAAAACUUCCACCACCGAAGUCUUGGAAGGUGAAUGAAAGCUUAUUCCCAUGUGAGCUUUCUAAAGGUACGGUAUCCCUGGCUAAAGAUGCAGUGGAAUCAGCUGUCAAAACAUGGGGACAAAGAUCAUUGACCGAACUUGAAGCCGAAGAGCGACUCUCUUAUGCCUGCGAGAAGGGGCCUACACAAGAUGAAGUUAUUGCGAAGCUGAGGGAUGCAUGUAUGACGAUUGUUGAAGAGUAUAAGGUUUAUACCCAAGAGGAAAGAAAGAAGGUUGUGUCAGCAGGUGGACUUCAUGUGGUGGGAACAGAACGCCAUGAGUCACGUAGAAUUGACAAUCAGCUUCGUGGCCGAAGUGGAAGGCAAGGUGAUCCAGGAGGCUCUCGGUUCUUUCUUAGUCUUGAAGAUAACAUCUUUAGAAUCUUUGGUGGAGACAGGAUACAGGGUUUGAUGCGAGCUUUUAGAGUUGAAGACCUGCCAAUUGAAUCAAAAAUGCUGACAAAGGCACUGGAUGAGGCUCAAAGGAAGGUUGAAAAUUACUUUUUUGAUAUAAGGAAGCAGUUGUUUGAGUAUGAUGAAGUACUAAAUAGCCAAAGAGAUCGUGUGUAUGCUGAGAGGAGGAGAGCACUUGAAUCUGAUAAUCUACAAUCUCUCAUCAUAGAAUAUGCUGAACUUACAAUGGAUGACAUCCUAGAGGCGAACAUUGGUCCAGACACUACCAAGGAAACCUGGGAUCUCGACAAGCUGAUUGCAAAACUCCAACAAUAUUGCUAUCUGUUAAAUGAUUUGACACCAGAGUUGCUGGAAAGUAAAUGCUCAAGCUACGAGGAACUGCAAGAAUAUCUUCGUUACCGAGGGCGUGAAGCAUACUCUCAUAAAACGGAGAUGGUGGAGAAACAAGCUCCAGGGCUGAUGAAAGAGGCUGAAAGGUUCCUAGUUUUAAGCAACAUUGAUAGGCUAUGGAAAGAACAUCUGCAAGCCCUGAAAUUUGUCCAGCAGGCUGUAGGCUUACGGGGAUAUGCACAGCGAGAUCCCCUCAUAGAGUACAAACUAGAAGGAUAUAAUCUCUUCUUAGAGAUGAUGGCGCAACUCCGAAGAAAUGUUAUUUAUUCUGUAUAUCAGUUUCAACCGGUCAUGGUGAAGAAUCAACAGAAGGGGGACAAUUCACCGAAGAAAGGGUCAAGAGGAAAGGAAGCUGAUACCAACACCAACCCCAUCAGUGCAGCACAGGCAGCAUGACAGCCUCUUCGUUUCAUGAAACAUGAAAUACACCUCAGUAUUCAGUUAGAGGAAGCAUCUAUGCUUCAAAAGAUCGGUGCACUCAUGUGCCAAAAGAAUCACAUAAAUCUAGAAGAUGUGAUUCUGAUGUAUUACAUCAUGUCAUCAUCAGUGCCUGUUAAUAUCACAGUAGUAUCUGGAAAAUGAGCUAACAAACAAGGAAAAUUCUGUUUCUUUCUACAUGUGCAAUGGAUCAUGCUUCUGUUCAA